AUGUCGGUAGAUCAAAUAUACAACGCCUUAAUCAACAAUGAUCAUAAGGCAAUGGCUUCGUUCUAUUUUUCUCUUUCCGACUUGCCUCAACAAAUUCGUGGCUUAAAUGAAACACUGACAAAAAUGGAUGCGAGAAUCACAAACUUGGAUAUGAGAAUGACAAACUUUGAAAAGAGAAUGGAGAAGGAGAUGAAAGAGAUUCGUGAUGACUUACGAAUUAUUAAUACAAACAUUGGUUGUUUAUAUGAAGGUCAAGUGAAACUUCAAUUCCAAAAAGAUGACGAAUUUAUAACUCACAAUCCAACAACCACCACCAACAAUGCAACUUCCAACAAUCAAAGGUCCUUACUCCCAAUCAAUUCUUUCAAAACUUUCACUCCACUUUCUCCCAAUGACUGUUAA